AUGGACGCCUCGUCUCUCAGCUCUCAAGAUUCAGCCCAGUUGAAUCGACUGAUCGAACAGAAACAGAUGAAGGAUUUCUUGAAACUCUAUUCGUCUUUAGUCGAAAGAUGUUUUACAAGUUGCUGUCAAGAUUUCACCUCGAGAGCCCUAUCUUCCAAGGAGGAAAGUUGCGUGAACAAUUGUGCGGAUAAAUUUCUGAAACAUUCCGAACGAGUUGGCGCUAGAUUCUCAGAACAUAACGCCGAAAUGAUGCAAAAACGAUCCUAA